AUGGUGCUAACCCGAGCGCAGGCCAGAACACAAGCGACGGCGCAGCAACAAGAGACUCUUGAAGCGGUCAUGGUCGUUGUAGAUCAUAGCGACGAGACCGCAGUGGCUGAGGUGGUGGCAGAACGAUCUACCGUCGAGCUUGUCCCGCAUGUUCAAGACUAUCCAGCUCGAAGGCCAAGGCGCAGCCCAAAGUUCCGCUCUGCUGCUGUUCGAGAAUCCACAGAUGCCGGCAUUAAACAGCUAGCCAAUCAACAACUGACAAUCACAGGCCGAUUUCACGAAGAGCUGAUGGCGACACACGCUGGUAUUCGCGAGCAAUUCUUGCGGCUAGAAACAAUGCAAGCUAACGUCGGAGAGGAAAUAGAAAGAUCUGUGGCGGACAGGCUAUUUCGUGCACUUCGGGAGGCCCAUAGCGAGUCGCAGUCGAUGAUUGCCGCUCAGACGGAACUUCGCAUGACGCUGUCAAGAGCUUCGUGCUGGAAGAAAUUGAGAUAUCAAAGCGCCACUUCGAAGCUCAAGUGCAAUGAAGCUGAGGCCUGCAACACAAUAAAGGAGCUUGUGAAAAAAGAAGUGGAGAAGCGUAUGGAACUUGUGCAGCUCCAGCUUCUGACUGCCCAUCCACAAACAGGAAGGUGCACGGAAAUUAGCGAUAUCAAGGUGGAGCAUGACGUGACAGGGUAG